AUGUUCAAGAAUACAAUUUUUGGACCAUAUUUAAACAUUUCAAAAUGUAAUUUUCAAGGUCAGAUUACUAAGUGGCUAUUGUUGUUGGAGGUGCAACAUGAGAACAAAGACUUGUUGCAUGUUCGACAUGCUAACGGGACUGUAUUGCAGUUUAGUAUCAAGGAUUUUGCCAUUGUAACUGGCCAUAAAUGCAAAGGAAAUGCUAAGGAUUUUUCAUACCCGAAAUCCACUACGAGCCAGUUAUUACAAAGAUAUUUCUCUGAUGCAACUGCAGGUAUAACCAAAAGUCGUUUGAUUCAACGUUUUCAAAUGAGCAAUUGGGAGACCACACAGGACGUCGUCCAGAUGGCAAUCUUAUACUUUGUCCAUACAUUCAUGUUAUGUCAACUUGGUGAGACCUCGAUACGGAUCGAAGAAUUUCUAAUGAUCGAAGAUGGCAGGUAUGAAUUGUAUCCUUGGGGUCAGAUUGCAUUCGAUAAGCUAAUUAUAUCACUCUAUCGUUUAUUUGGUAUGUCGUAUGCACUCAAUGUAUGGAUUUACGAAUGUGCAUCUAGUCUAAAUCCAGAGUUUGUUGUUAAAGUAGCGAGUGAUAUUCCCAGGAUUUGUAAUUUGAGGGUCGUGGCUGUAAAGCCAAAAUUUGAAACGUUUAUGUCUAGCAUUUUCUCCGAGAAUGCAUGUUCAAACAUUGUACCAACACCAGACGAAGUGGAAGCCCUUGAUUUACCCGAUAUUCAAGUUGCUCAUACUCCUGGACCCUCCACAAUAGCAGUUGAUGCAAAGAAAGUUCAAACAAAAGAUAGUUCAGGUUUUGAGGAUUUUUCAACAAGCCCUCAUGGGUAUUUGUUUAGGAGAUCAUCACGUGUAUUUGGUACAUCAUCUCCACCACCACCCAAAAGGAGAAAGAAAAUCGAUACAUCUAAAACAAAGUUGUCGGAACCUAAAUCAUCAGAGCAGCUAAGGCCGCCAAUAAACCAGUCAUUCUUAAUGCCAGAUGAAGCACCUACCCCGGCUGCUAUAUCUUUUGUCCACGUCUCUUCACAAGGUCAAAAAGAUAAGUCUGUAUAUCCCGAUAUUGAAGAACUGAAAUAA